ACAAUGUCUUUCGGCAAGAUCUACGGCCUUCCUGAGAACGGUCGCACCAUCGCUACCCUCGUCGCGGCUAAGGCCAACGACGUUGAGGUCGAGCUGGUCAAGACUGAGCCUAACUCCACCGCUGCCUUCAACCAGUCGGCCGAGUACACCAAGCUCAGCCCCCUCGGCAAGAUCCCCGCUUUCGAGGGUGCCAACGGCUACACUCUGUCUGAGUCCAUUGCCAUCGCUGUCUACUUGACCUCCCAGAACGAGAAGACCACCCUCCUGGGCAAGACCAAGCAGGACUACGCUUCCAUCCUCCGUUGGUUGUCCUUCGCCAACUCCGAGGUCCUCCCCCGCUUCGGUGCUUGGUUCCGCCCUCUCCUUGGCCUUGACGCCUACAACAAGAAGAACGUCGAGGAUGCUUCCAAGGCUGCCCUGAAGAACGCUGGCGUUCUCAACACCCACCUCACUGCCAACACCUACCUGGUUGGUGAGCGCAUCACCCUGGCUGAUUACUUCACCGCCGCUCUCCUCACCCGUGCCUUCGCCACCGUCCUGGACAAGAAGUUCCGUGACGAGAACGUUGCCAUCACCCGCUGGUACAAGACCAUUGUCAACCAGCCCGCCUUCAAGGCUAUCGUUGAGAACCCCGUCUUCGUUGAGGAGACCAUCAAGUACACCCCUCCCAAGAAGGAGGAGAAGCCCAAGAAGGAGGCUGCUCCCGCUGCCGCCGCCGCCGCUCCCGCUGAGCCCAAGCCCGAGGCUGAGAAGAAGCCCAAGCACCCCCUUGAGGCUCUCGGCCGCCCCACUUUCGUUCUUGAUGACCUGAAGCGCGAGUACUCCAACGAGGACACCCGUCCCGUUGCCCUCCCCUGGUUCUGGAAGAACUACAACCCCGACGAGUACUCUCUGUGGUCCGUCAACUACAAGUACAACGACGAGCUCAAGCUUACCUUCAUGGCCAACAACCUGAUCGGUGGCUUUCACGCCCGUCUUGAGGCUUCCCGCAAGUACCUCUUCGGUGCCCAGUCCGUCUACGGUGCCAACUACGCCUGUGUCAUCCAGGGUGUCUUCCUGGUCCGUGGCCAGGAGUUCGCCCCCGCCUUCGAGGUUGCCCCCGACUGGGAGAGCUACGACUUCCGUAAGCUCGACCCCACCAACGAGGAGGACCGCAAGCUCGUUGAAGACCAGUGGGCCUGGGAUGUCCCGGUCGUCGUUGACGGCAAGGAGCUCCCCCACGUUGACGGCCACGUCUUCAAAUAAGCUGGUGCGUUAGACGUAGCCAAUUCACGAUGAUGAUAUCCCAUUCUCCUUUUCUCGUUGGGCGAUCUCCUAGAUUGAAACUCGGCCUCCAAACCGCCAUCCCUUCCUCCACCAGGUGGGGAGCUGUCGUCGGGUAGCCCCCGCGGGGCAUACAUGUAAACUUGGACGCUAUUUUCCGUCCGAUCUACAUCCAUCCCGUCUGUCGCUCCUCACCUUAGUCCUCCUCCCUCUUCCACACUGCCCUUGAUGGUCCGGUUUACGUGUUUUCAUUCUUGGCUGAUCCCCUUUAAAAGAAAACUUCUUUUGUUUCAUGCGUAAUGCCACGCCUACGAUUGUGAUGGACCAUAGCAGUAGCUAGUCAAAAUCAAAACCACUAACUAGCACUUUGUGCUUUCCAUGA